AUGGCGGAGACGAAGGGGUUGAUGCUGCUGAACUUUUGGCCGAGCCCCAAUGGGAUGCGCUGCCGGGUGGCGUUGGCGGAGAAGGGGUUGGAGUACGUGUACAGAGAGGAGGAGAGCAUAUUGGAGUGCAAGAGCCGGCUGCUGGCGAAGUCCGACCCCGUGCGCAUGAGAGUCCCUGUCCUCCUCCACGACGGGAAGCCCGUGUGCGAGUCCCUCGUCAUCGUCCAGUACCUCGACGAGGUGUGGCCCGACCGCGCGCCGCUGCUGCCCGCCGACCCCUACGGCCGCGCCAAGGCCCGCUACUGGGCCGACUUCAUCGACAAGGAGAUCUUCGGGUGUGGGCUGAAGCUGUGGAAGGUCGAGGGAGAGAAACAGGAGGAGGCGAGGGAUCAGUUCAUUCGGGCACUCAAGGUCUUGGAAGGUGAGUUAGGGGCGAAGAAGUACUUCGGCGGCGACACCUUUGGCUUCGUCGACAUCAUCCUCGUCCCUGUCGUGGCCUGGUACCGCACCUACGAGCUAUUUGGAAUCUUCAGGACGGAGAUACAAGCUCCGAGGCUGAUGGCGUGGGGCAAGCGGUGCAUGGAGAGGGAGAGCGUCGCCAUGUCGUCGCUUCCUGAUCCCCACAAGGUUUACGAGUUCGUGUGCUUCCUGAGGAACAAGAACCCCGGGUUGCAGCCAUUCUAG